GUACCGUGCAAUCACUUCGACCUUAUAUCCAUGGUCUUGUGAUCAGUGGCAGCAGCUUUCUGAAAUUAUACGAGGCCUGGUCGCUCCUGAUGUUCUCGAGCGGUUGAACCGUUUACUUCUGGACAUCAGUCGAGAGGAGGACGCGGAUCCUGAAACGAUGCUAUUCAUGCAAACGUUCAUUGCGCGUUAUAUCUCCCAAGGUCGCCCCCUCAGUGGCCAUUUCAUUGUCUGCUGUGCUUUGGAGGUACAGUGGACUGUUCUCGCUCAGGUAUUGGCGCCUCCACAGGGCUUGCAGAGUGGUCAGGUCGUCGAAGCAGCAGCAGCGAAUAAAUCUUGGCUCUCGCUGAUGCGCAGAGCCGCGAUUGAUCUGAACAUAAGUGAUGAAAAAAGCAGAAAUUCGUUAAAGUCUACCAUCCAGUAUUCAAUGCAGUGGUUUCACGAGUUACUUGCCCAGCUUGAGGAAAUGGAUACGGAGCCGUCGAUUGAUAUCUAUGCUUGGGAAACCAUGUCUGAGUGUUUGAAACUUGCAUCCGUUUGCUCAAUCGCUUUAAGGGAGCUCGAUCGUUACUUGUACUCUGAGUUAACGCUUCUGUUGAGUGACGAAUCGCCUGUCUCGGAUAACCUAGUGCAAGAAGCUGCGCUCAAGGCUACAACGGUUCUAGUGCAAAGUUUUCCGGAGAUUGCUCCUCCCAUGGUGAAUCAUCUACGUCGACUCGUCACCUCACCUCUUCCUAUAUUCGAAUGUGAAUAUGGUUUAGAAAAUCGACCUCCUCCUGCCUUGACGGCUGCUGCUAAAUGUUUGGCUCUUUGUAUUAAGCUAUCACCAGGCGAUGAUUCUGUGAUGUCUAAUAUGUAUUCUCUUCUGAACUACAUUGCAGCCACAAGCAAGGAGAUCUACGAAAGUUCAAGUAGCUCACAGAUGGUCGAUAAUCCCUUUUAUACUUCAUCAGACCACGCGACUCUCCACUCUGACGAUACUGGCCUCCGAGGGAGAACGGACGAAGAGAAAAGGCUCAUUGGUAUAACCACGAUUUCGGUUGUGACGAGACUUUCUUUUGAGUUUGAGAACGAAGAGGUGACCAAACUGACGAUCUCAAUGCUCUUACAAAGGCUGCGAACCGCAGAACCUACUGUUGAGGCUGCAAUUGCUCAUAACCUUGUAGAUUUGGCAUUGUCUGCACCAGAGGGUUCAUUUGCUGAUACGAUUCGCGUUUUCUCGUCCAUCAAUCGCACCGCUAACCCAGAUGACCCUAGAUUUUCUAAUAACAUGGUAUUGUCAGCUCAAACAAGGCUUGCUCAAGAAUUACGUCGUAGACCAGAUCUUUACGACUUAUAUCUGGUUGAACUUCUCACCCUUUUUACCGAUAAAGGCAUUGCUAUACAAAACGUGGUGGCCUCCAACCAUCAUACCAAGACGGAAGACAUGGUUGAGCAAUUGGCUUCUCUUUUGUUGCCAAUCGACGCACUCCUGGACCAUGAUGACUUCAACCCACACAUCAACGCUUCUCCAGAGGCUGUUAUUUUGUUCAGAAACAUGUGGUUCCUUUGUGUGCUCUUCGGCUUUACAAACGAGGAAGGAAAAGAGAAGACUGCGAUGGACUGGCAGCAGCCCGCACUUGCUCGUAUAGCCUCUAAAACACCCUGCAUGGUGUUAGAGGAAGCUCAUGAUGCUGUAAGUGAACUAGAGUAUAAUACUGUCGUUCGCCGUGAAUAUGCACAUUCGGAACUGAUUAAACAUCGUGGUUUCCUGACUCGACAUAUAUCUAUUCGCGCGGGCGAAAUUCGUUCUCUGUCAUCCGGUCAAGUUAUAUUUUUGUUGACUAUGCAUGACGUAGAGAGCAUGCGUUCAGCAUUGGGACUCCCCUCAUCGUUAGUUACGUACUUUACAAACAGCAAUCUGAACAUGCAUGCAAGCUUGAGCGCAUGUAUGGAAUCUAUCGCAGAAAAGGUGAUACGCGGAUGUGUCAACGAUUUGAAUAUCCAAGCUUCAGAACAAUCUUUGCCUGACUAUCUGUCUGGAGAGUUGCGCAAAUUGUUGGUGUAUAGCACUCACCGUAUUGCAAAAGCUCGGGAUAUUGCAAAUAAAUAUCUGAACCGACUCAUCACAUCAUUCCCAUCACUCAUGUGCGAUCCUCCUCUUGUCUACGGAAUCCUGGAAACAUUGACAUUACUGCGUCGUGCCUGUGAAAACGAGUUUACCGAUGAGUAUAAUCCGGUUUACGAAUUCCAUUCGGAACGCACAGGUAUUACUCUACAGCUUACCGACAACUAUAAAACCAGGAACGAGAUUCUAGCUCAACUUCAACGUAAUGCCAAUACUUGGCUUGAAUUGGCAUUAGGGCGUGCCCCUAUUGAGCUACAAUCGACUCUACAGAAAUAUCUUGCCAUCAACCAAUCUUUGUCUGGAGCUGAUUCUGCAGAGCUCGGCGCCUCUAUCGCAGAACAGUUCGGAAAAGCUAUUGGCCCGGUGCAGCGACAACUUACAUCACUCUCAGCUCUGUCCAACUGGAAGUCUGAUCGUGCAAAAAUACUAGCAAGCCAGCUUGCAAGCAAAGGGUAUUUUGCAGGAGAAGUUGCUGGUCUCCGUCUCGCUAAUAGAGCAGGCCAAGAUAAACUUGAGGAAUUACCUCCACAGAGUGCACCUUCUACCGAAAUAGAAGCAUUGAAAAAUAAACUCGCUCACACCAUGGACGAUAUUCGCGGCAAAAAUAGUACUUUGACUGUCCAGGACCUCAAGCGUCUCUUAUUUCGUUGUGCUGCUAUCGUCAUCUCCUCGGACAAGUGCGAGUACACAUUACUACAUUAUUUAGUGUCUCUGCCUUUCGGUGUCUUCAGUCCAUCGGCAAUCUCAGCUGGAAUCGAAGUUUGGACUUGGGUUAUUGCGGAAAAACUUGCUUUGGAAGUUGCUCUCAUGGCAGAAAUAUUAUCUUCGUGGUUUGACAGUGUUAGGGAACGGAAAGGAAUCUUCUCGACUUCAUACAAUUAUAACGACCCUUUCUUUCAUCCAAUAAGCUACAGUCCUACUGAUAAGGAAGAGAUUGAUCGCGCGACGACGCACGCUCACCGCCUUCUGUUUCCUCACACUCUUAUCUUGCAAAUGCUAUUUAGCCGUCUACAAGCGGCCAGAUACUGCAGGCCGACUGUGAUGUUCCUGAUUCAACGUUUAGUGCUACGUUCGGCUAGUACUCCAAAACUAUUCAGCACCCAUCCUCUUGCUCGAGAACUACGCUACUCUUUUCUUCUCUUCGGAUUUGAAACGCUGAGAAGCUCUCAUUUGGAUGCUUUCUGUGAAUGCCUCUUACGAGAGAGUCUCUAUCAAACAGCCUAUUCUUGGUUUGCUGUUCGUCCACAAUGGUCAUAUGGUGCAAACCGGGUGCAAAUAGAUGCAGAUAUCAAGGUUUUAUCAGAAUUCUUGUCGUACUUGCAGAGUGAUCUUGUGCGAGGUACGGUUACGCUAUCAAGUUUAUCCCCAGCCCAAUCUGCAUCUCGGACAUCCGCUUAUGUUUCUCGCCUCAAGAACAUAAAUCAACCUUUGAGACUUCUCGUUGAAAAUGAGAUCUUUAAACUAACUGUUUGGGCCAAUCCCAGUAGCGAUGCUAAAAGAGGGACCGAUCCUUCUGGAACGGUUGAGCGUAGUAUACUAGAGAGUUCCUGGCCGGCGCUUAUCAGGACAGUAUGGGAAGUUGAUCCCUCUGUCGCAAUUUAUAUGACCGAGCGUUUCAAAAGUCUCGCCGCCCAAGGGGAAGUGGGGAAGCUUGUUCGCUCCAAUACCUCUGAAAUUCUACACAUACCAGAAGCAUUACGGUUCUUGCUUGGAGAUAGGUUGGAAGGAAAUGCUCGACGAGAACUCAAACACCUCCUUAUUUGGGCACCUGUCCCUCCGGUUAUCGCAGUGACCUUUUUUGAGAGACGUUACAACAACGACCCUCUGAUUCUGCAAUAUGCACAUCGGGUUUUGAAACAACAUCCUGUGGAUUUAACAUUCUUUUUUGUCCCACAGGUCGUGCAGGCUUUGCGACACGACGACCUUGGUUACGUGGCUAGAUUCAUUUUCGAAACUGCAAGGAUUUCCCAGUUGUUCUGUCACCAAAUUAUAUGGAAUAUGAAGGCCAACUGCUACAAGGAUGAUGUUGCAGAGAUCGAAGAUCCCAUGAAGCCAGCCUUGGACGAGAUGACCGACAUGGUAGUCAACUCGUUGUCUGGUGAGGCCAGGUUAUUCUAUGAUCGCGAAUUUGGAUUUUUCCACGAAGUCACUUCGAUAUCUGGAAAAUUGAGGCCUUUUAUAAAGAAAACCAAGCCAGAAAAGAAGGCCAAGAUCGACGAAGAAAUGGCGAAGAUCCCUGUUGAUGUUGGAGUAUACCUUCCCAGUAAUCCAGAUGGAAAAGUUGUCGACAUUGAUAAGAAAUCUGGUCGUCCUUUACAAAGUCACGCGAAGGCUCCAUUCAUGGCAACGUUCAAGGUUAGAAAGGAGCGUGUCACUAUCGCUUCAGAUCCUGAAUUGCUCCUGGAUGGCGUUGGUGAGGAGACGCGUGAGGAAUACGAUGUCUGGCAACAAGCUAUUUUCAAAGUAGGAGACGAUUGUCGGCAGGACGUCCUUGCGCUACAGGUCAUCGCGAUGUUCAAGAACAUAUUCACAAGCGUUGGCUUGACAUUAUAUCUUUAUCCGUACAGGGUCACUGCCACUGCUCCUGGUUGUGGAGUCAUCGACGUAGUACCUAAUUCAACAUCACGAGAUGAGAUGGGACGCGCGAAGGUCAACGACUUACUGGAUUUCUUCAUAGCUAAAUAUGGUGGUGAAGAGACUGUUGCCUUUCAACGAGCUCGCCUCAACUUUAUACAAUCAAUGGCUGCAUAUUCUGUUGCUUGUUACAUACUGCAAAUCAAGGAUAGACACAACGGAAACAUUAUGAUUGACGGUGAAGGUCAUAUUGUGCAUAUCGACUUUGGCUUCCUUUUUGACAUAGAUAAGUGUGGUGUCAAAUUCGAGCCGAAUUCUUUCAAGCUUAACCAUGAAAUGGUACUUCUAAUGGGCGGACGAUACUCUCAGGGCUACGAGCUAUUCCAGCACCUGACAGUGAAAGCGUUUUUGGCCAUACGGCCUCAUGCCGACCAGUUGAUCAGUACCGUGCAGCUGAUGCUUGGAACUGGUCUUCCGUCCUUCAAAGGCGAACCGACAAUCAAGAGGCUCAAAGACCGUUUUGCACUCGGUCUGAAUGAUCGACAGGCAGCUGAAUGGAUGAUGGGUGUCAUUCGAAACGCUCAUGAAAACGUCCGCAGUACUGCAUAUGACGAGUUUCAAAGGGUAUCCCAUACAAGUGAAGACCCCACAAGUGUAUUUGCAGGUAUCCGUUUGGAUUAUUGGGUACCACUGCCAGCGUCUGGCAUAUAAUAUCGCUUACCACUACGUAUACUUGCUACUAUCAACUAUCAGUUCAAUGUCUCCGAUUCAGCGUGACUUGUCCG